GUUCGAUACUGAUCACACUGACCUGCAGCGUAAAUAGCUGUGGCCAGGAAUGAUCUCGUGCUUCGCAGUAUAAUCCCGACGGUUCUCGGCUCUUUCGACUUUGGUCGCGCGUGUGCCUCCGAUGGCGUCGCGAUGGACGGGUGUGCAUAGAUGGACUUUUCAGUGUGCGGAUUCGGAAGCGAAUUCGUGAAACAAGCUCUCUCGCGCGGUGGCAAGGUUAUUGCAAAACUGGGGUUUGACUUUCCAUGUCUUAUUCAUUUUACGGAGGAUGAGGUUCGUAUCCACUCAGAAGAAAGCGAGGGAUGGAACGAUGUCCAAGAUUUUUGGAAUUCAGUUUCACUUAUUAUAUUCCGGGGUGGGUGGACCCUAAAACACCUCUAUAGUGAUGCUCUGGCGCUCUUUUCGGAGUUGCGAGAAACUGGCCUCAAAUCUAUGACAGGCAAGGAGAGAGAGGAUUUCAAAAAGCAAACGCAGUGGGUUGUAAGGCCAGACUUGAAUAGUAGCAAAUAGGCCUACCCCUUUUCAGGUGGUGGGGAGACUUGCCU